UUGUUUUCAUUGUCACUGUUUUCCUUUUAUUUUGACCUGCUUAGUUCACAGUGCGAGCUUCACAGCUAAUGUGAGGCAAACAGGGACGCCUGGUUAAAGCUGGUAAACCUGAACGUUGAACCUUCAACUGUGCUCUGCUGUGAAUUUAGCUGGGACCUGACAGUCACAGGUAGCAGCUACUGACCUACUACGUAUGUCAUCUAAAGACAAUCAGCAAAUAACAAAACAACAACUUCAUAGAUCGAUAUUUAGGAAAAGCCGAGACAGAAGCUGCAGUGGACGCUUCAUUGUUCCUAAGACUCAGUUUCUCUUCACUGCUCUGCGUUACUUCACUACAACUUCCCUUUUCUCCGUGGCUGCUUACAGAGGAACAACAGAACAAACUCGACCGACCGGUCACCAUAUUCACAACACAGCUGACGACAGAUGAGAUCACAUGAGAUCCCAUGAAAACAAUGGGCCAAUCCAAUUCCUGAUCUAGGCUACAUUUAUUACACGAGGCCCGUUUAGUUUGUAAACAGUGGUUUGUGAGCUGUCCACAUUAAGGAAGACUUUGGCUUUACGGACAACACUGAUUGUCACUCUCCGUGAUACACAGAUCUUUGAUGGUUUAUCGAGGCAGAGAAAGUAUGAUGGAUAUUCUUCGUAUUGGACUGCUCUGGGCUCUGCUGUUUGGAGUACUGCAGGCGUCCGUCCAUAAAGACCAGAAAAACAUCACAGCUGGACAGAACGUCAUUCUGCCGUGUCGAGCUCGAGACAACAACAUCCCCAUCAUAGUGGUAGAGUGGAGCAGAGCUGACCUGGGCAAAGAAAGUGUCCUAAUGUACCGGGAUAAGCAGCUGGAUCCAGAUCACCAGCAUGCAUCUUUUAAGAACCGGGUGGACCUGCAGGACAGAGAGAUGAAGGAUGGAGACGUGUCUUUGAUUCUGAAGGACGUGACGAUUGAUGAUGCUGGAACAUACGAGUGUCGUGUCUUCAGGAGAAGAACAAACCGCAGGAAGAGAGCUAAUCUGAAGACUCCCCCCAUCAGCAUCAUCACCCUGACUGUUGUUGAUCCUCCAGGUCAGACAGGAGAAAACCCAGACGAUGGAGGGAAGGAGGAUGGAUCUUUUGGACUCGUCAUUGGUCUUUCAGUUGCUGCUGUUGUUCUUUUUUUGAUCUAAAAUCUGACAGUUGAGCUUUCAGAUUACUACAGUACUAUUUUAUCUACCUCAUGCUUUAUAACCUAUUUAUUUGCCUCAUUACAAAAUGUCCAACUAAUGUUCCUUCUGCUAUCGGUUAAUGAAGCUUCAGUAGAAAAUUGAAUCAGUCUAUUUCAGCUUUAGCACUGGAUACAUGAAAAUCUAUCUACUGUCAUUUCAUUGUUUUUAUAGAAAACAGAUCAACUAGUCUGACAGGUGCCUCCUCAUCACAGAGGUAACACUGUGAUCAGUAACAUUAGACAUUCAUUGUUAUUAAAUGUUCUCAUUAGUUUGUUUCUGUUUCUUUAUUGUAUUGAUACAUUAUUACACAUAAUUCUCAGAAAUUAUAAGAGCAGAAUACAAACAGACCAUGACACAUUUUUCAGGGAUUCUCAGCUGCCAGAAGCAGAUCAGAAAAGAUCAUAAUGUUUUAUAUUCUGUAAAUGAUCAAAUAAUGAAGAAAUAAAUGAUGUCAAAGUUC